AAAUAUCUUAUCAUCGUCUUCCUCUUUGAGGAGCUGUCUGAGUUUCAGUUGAAGCUGAGCAGCCAAAAAAAUGGCGCUUUCAACGGCGAAAUUGACGGAGCUUCCGCCGCACGUUCUGUCGGCAUUUACUGUUCCUAGACGGAGACCGCCGCGGUUGCCUGCUGUACUUUGUGAGAGUUUCUCUUCUCCUUUCCGCUCCAAUGGAUUUUCCACUGCGCCUUCGGGAAGCCGGAAUUUGUCUGGAGUAUCUUCGUUCAAUUGGAUUAGAAAGUGGCCUUUGGCUCCUGCGGCGGCAGCGACGCCUCCGAAGAAUGUUGCAAAAAGGUCUGAACCGAAACGCGAGACAAUUCACGAAGGUACUACGGCGAUUGAUAGAAUUGUGCUUCGGUUGCGGAAUUUAGGGUUAGGAUCGGACGACGAGGAGGAGGAAGGAGAUUUAGGCGAGGAUUCGGAGAGCGGUAGCUUGGAGUUGAAUGAUACGGCGGAUAUUGAAUUUAAGGAUGAAAAGCUAGGUGAUUUACUGAAGAGAGAUUGGGUUAGGCCGGACACUAUUUUAGUGGAAGAUAAGGAUAGUGAUUCUGCUGACUUGCUGCCAUGGGAGAGGGGAGUGACAGAGGAUGAGGAAAUGGAGGAGAGCUGGGUAGGAGUGAAGAAGCGGGCGGUGCGAGCACCGACGUUGGCGGAGUUAACAAUUGAAGAUGAAGAGCUGAAAAGGUUGAGGAGAAUGGGGAUGACAUUGAGGGAGAGGGUGAAUGUACCUAAAGCUGGGAUUACUGGUGAAGUUUUGGAGAAGAUCCAUGAUAAGUGGAGGAAGUGUGAGCUAGUGAGGUUGAAGUUUCAUGAAGAACUGGCCCAUGAUAUGAAGACUGCACAUGAGAUAGUUGAGCGGCGGACAGGUGGCCUAGUUACAUGGAGGUCAGGAAGUGUUAUGUUGGUGUUUAGAGGAACAAAUUACGAAGGACCUAUUACAAAACUUCAACAGGUGAAGAGUGAAGAUGACACUCCUUUUGUUCCUGAAGUUUCCACAGCUGCUAGAGGCAGUAGAAGCCCAGUCCUUGAGAAGUCCAAUCCAGUUAUUGCCAAACCAGUUGAAAGCUUGACAGGAGAGGAAGCUGAAUACCAUAAUUUAUUAGAUGGUCUAGGCCCGCGAUUUGAAGAUUGGUGGGGUACAGGAGUACUUCCUGUUGAUGCUGAUCAACUUCCUCAGACAAUUCCUGGAUACAAAACUCCUUUUAGGCUUCUUCCUUCUGGAAUGCGUUCACGGCUAACAAAUGCCGAGAUGACCAACUUGCGAAAGCUUGGGAAAUCGCUUCCUUGCCACUUUGCUCUUGGGCGAAAUAGACAUCAUCAAGGUUUAGCAGCAUCCAUUGUCAAACUUUGGGAAAAAAGUUUGCUUGUAAAGAUUGCUGUGAAACGUGGAAUCCAGAACACUAACAACAAACUUAUGGCUGAGGAAUUGAAAAGACUAACCGGCGGCGUCUUACUUCUAAGAAACAAAUAUUAUAUAGUAAUGUACCGUGGAAAGGAUUUUCUUCCUCCCAGUGUGGCUGCUGCAUUAACAGAAAGACAGGAGAUGACUGAGCAAAUCCAAGAUGUUGAAGAGAAAGUUAGGGUAGGACAAUCUCCAUCCCCUGUGGGUGAAGGGAAAGAAGCUUCGGCAGGUACAUUGGCCGAGUUUUAUGAAGCUCAGGCUCGAUGGGGAAUUGACAUAUCUGCUGAAGAACGUGAAAACAUGAAAAAAGAGGCAUCCAGAGCCGAGCGUGCCAGAGUGAUCAGACGACUUGAACAUAAACUGGCAAUUUCUCAGGCAAAGAAACUGAAAGCGGAACGAUUAUUAUCAAAAAUAGUGGCCUCUUGGAUUCCUGUAAAUCCUUCAGAUGACCAGGAGACAAUUACAGACGAGGAAAAAGCUGUUUAUCGUAGGAUUGGAUUAAGGAUGAAAGCUUACCUUCCACUUGGCAUUCGCGGCGUAUUUGAUGGUGUUAUUGAGAAUAUGCAUCUGCACUGGAAACACAGAGAACUUGUAAAGUUGAUAUCAAAGGAAAAAGAACUUUCUCUUGCGGAAGAAACUGCUAGACUCUUGGAAUAUGAGAGUGGAGGGAUACUAGUGGCAGUCGAAAGGGUUCCUAAAGGUCAUAUCUUGAUUUACUAUCGUGGAAAGAAUUAUCGACGACCUAUUGCUUUGAGACCAAGAAACCUUCUGACAAAGGCAAAAGCACUGAAGCGGAGGGUGGCUUUGCAGCGAUAUGAAGCUCUCAGUGAGCACAUAUCCGAGCUGGAGAAAUCCAUUGCGCAAACAAAGCAAGAAAUUGAAAAUCCCGAAAAGUUGGAGAGCAACAACAAGCUUCAGAACACAGAGGGCCAUGCCGGGUUUAGUGAAAGCGAAGAUGAAGUAUCAGACGAAGAUGAAGAUGAAGAUGACUGGAAUGAUGGCGAAGAUUCUGAAUUCUCGACCCUCGAAGAAUCUGAAUCUGAAUCAUCUGAUUCUCCAUUGCAUAAAUUCCGGUAACCAGAAUAAGCCGGCUGGUAUUAACUCUCUUAAC